AUGUGUUGGCUCCUACUCAACAAGGACUUCUCUGCCAAAUUGCAUGACCAACUCAUUCAUGUCCAUGGUUUCACUCUGGUCAACAAACUUGCCAAGAGUCUUCAGCCUUCAAUCUUUUCUGACAUGGAUCCAUCCUUUGUUGUCAGCAAUCCUUUCAUUACUCACAUUUGUCUUAAUGAUCAAACAACAUCCUCAGCACUGGUUCACUCAACAAACAUCUACAAAAAUGGCAUUGUGUGUAAUGACAUCCAUAUCAAGACUCUUCAUGUGAACAGGUCAAAGAUCAAGGUCUCUGGUAAUGUCCUCAUACUCAUCCCUUCUGAGUUGAACUUGAUGUGGAUUUGGAUGGUAGUGUAUCUCAAAGCUUUGUCACCUGUUCCUGGGCUUGCUGUCACCACUCAGAAGGUCAUAGAAAUCUCCACAACCAAGUCACUUGUUGAACUUGUCAAUCCCAAUGUCAUUAUGGCAUCUGCCCACCUCCCUUCUGACAAGGCCAAGGAGAACAACUCUCAGGACCUUAUAUGA